GGUCAUAAUGGGAGGAUAAAUACAAGGGCCAGCAGGCUAGAGGGGUGUCGCAGACUAAGGCUGGAUCUUCUCCCUCCCUCUCUCUUCUCUCAGCUCUCCUCUUAACCUCAAAGUCAGGAUGCCUCACGCAUAUCCCUUCCUCACUCCUGAGCAGAAGAAGGAGCUCAGCGAUAUUGCUCAGAGGAUCGUCGCAACCGGCAAGGGAAUCCUCGCCGCAGAUGAGUCCACUGGCAGCGUGGCCAAGCGCUUCCAGAGCAUCAAUGCUGAGAACACUGAGGAGAACAGGAGGCUGUACCGUCAGCUCCUCUUCACCGCUGAUGACCGCAUCACUCCUUGCAUUGGUGGCGUCAUUCUUUUCCAUGAGACCAUGUACCAGAAGACCGACGAUGGCAAGUCCUUCACCCAGUACCUCAAAGACAGAGGCAUGGUGGUGGGCAUCAAGGUCGACAAAGGUGUUGUCCCCCUGGCCGGAACCAAUGGCGAGACAACCACCCAGGGUCUUGAUGGACUGUAUGAGCGCUGUGCCCAGUACAAGAAGGAUGGUGCUGACUUUGCCAAGUGGCGCUGUGUGCUGAAGAUCACCCCCACCACUCCCUCAAGACUGGCCAUCAUUGAGAAUGCCAAUGUCCUGGCCCGCUAUGCCAGCAUCUGCCAGAUGCACGGCAUCGUCCCCAUUGUCGAGCCUGAGAUUCUCCCUGAUGGUGACCAUGACCUGAAACGCUGCCAGUACGUCACUGAGAAGGUUCUGGCUGCUGUCUACAAGGCCCUGUCUGACCACCACGUCUAUCUGGAGGGCACCCUGCUCAAACCCAACAUGGUUACCGCUGGACACUCCUGCUCACACAAGUACAGCAACCAGGAGAUUGCCAUGGCAACUGUUACCGCCCUGCGCCGCACUGUGCCCCCUGCAGUUCCUGGCAUUACCUUCCUGUCUGGUGGCCAGAGUGAGGAGGAGGCCUCUGUCAACCUGAAUGCCAUGAACCAGUGCCCUCUGCACAGGCCCUGGGCCCUGACCUUCUCAUAUGGCCGUGCUCUGCAGGCUUCUGCCCUGAAAGCCUGGGGUGGCAAGAAGGAGAAUGGAAAGGCAUGCCAGGAAGAGUUCAUCAAGAGAGCUCUGGCUAACAACCAGGCCUGCCAGGGAAAAUACGUUUCCUCUGGUGGCAGCACUGCUGCCGGAGAGUCACUGUUUGUGGCUAACCAUGCCUAUUAAGCAUGGACACUCACAAAUUUCCUUUCCACCUUCUCCCCACUACUAUUACGGCCAUGUUCUCUUAGGCACUGCCUAACAGCGCUUGGUAAAAAGAGAAAGAGAAAGAUGGAAAAUAAACUUUCCUUUGGGUUGUUGCUGCAGCUGGAAGAUCCUGAAAAAAUGUUCUGCCUCCAUUCCCUUACAUUUCAUUUUUAAACACCUUUUGUCAGGUGAAUAUUCCCACUCUCUUUUUACACAACUUGUACUAUUUUUUCCUUGGUCUGAUUCCACCAAGUACAGUGCACAAGUAAACUGAUAACCAUGGAAUAAAGUAUUUACCCUAACAUGUUGUUU